AUGGGCCCAAACUCCACUAUUGAUAUUUCAUCUGAUCUUGGGUUAAGAAAUACUGAUCGAAGUCAUGACUGGUUUGAAGAUGUUAGACAACAUUAUCCAAACCUUGAUCUUGCUAAUGUGGACACAUUUAUGCAGCAAUGUUGUAACAACGAAGCUAUUACUAAUGAAAACGAUACUAUAGAUU